AUGCAGUACGUGCCUUUCGCCUCGGACAUUGAAAUCCCCUUCUACGCCUCCCUGGCAUCGCACAAGAUCAACCAUGACAAGCUCGAUGACUCGGCCCGGAAAUUGUUGGGCCUCUAUGAGAUCCGUCCCGCCGACAACAAGGAGCAUUCCUGCCGCAUGCAAAUCCACGCCAACGCACUGACGAGUGAUGAGGUCCCCGCGGGCUUCUACCGGGCGGAGGGCAUGAUCAAGAACGUCAACACGGUCGAGGAGUACCGCAACAUCGACAAGCUGGCCAUGAUUCAACAGGCCGCCAAGACCAUCUGGGACGCCAUCAACGACGGCACCGUCUACUCGUGCCCGAGUCUCCUGGCCUCCUUCCUGGUGCUCAGUUUCGCAGAUCUCAAAAAGUACAAGUUCAACUACUGGUUUGCGUUUCCCGCUCUGGUCAUGGACCCGCCUUGGGUGCCUGUGGCCAGCAGUGGAAGCCUCAAGAGUCCAGAGACCGGGAUCCCUUACAGGAAACUGAACUCGAUCGAGAGCACAACCCUGGUGGACCGCGUCCAGACCUGGAAAUACGCCGUGGACUCGAGACAGCAUGGGUUUUUCCUGGUGAAAAAGGCACGCGAGCACCCUCUUGACUUCAAUUCCAACAAUCCCGCCGACGAAGACUUUGGGCCUACUUCUCCGCAGUCGCCUCUUACCCCAACAGCAAGUCUCGGCUACACGUGGCAGGUUUCGUCUCUGUCAAGCUUCGACACAGGCUUCUUUGACAGCGCUGACCCGGAAGACUGCUUCGUCGCGUUCGUCGAUCCUUCCAACUACACCGAGCCCGGUCCUGUGGCUCCGGGAUGGAUGCUUCGAAACCUUUUGGUUUUGAUCCGGCAAAGGUGGAAACUCGACAAAGUACAAAUCCUGUGUUACCGUGAGACACAAAUGCGGCGAGAUGCCGCGCGGAGCGUCAUCCUAAACAUGGAGGUAUCCAAACAACCGUCCAAAACCAACAACGCAGCAAACGCAGGAGACGCAGCACAAUCACCGGACUAUUCACAGACCAUGCCCAAAGUUGUAGGCUGGGAACGCAACCCCCUGAACAAGCUCACCGGCCGCGUCGCCGACCUCACCGAAUACAUGGACCCGACCAAACUGGCCGACUCGUCCGUCGAUCUCAACCUGAAACUGAUGAAAUGGCGCAUCUCGCCCAACCUGAACCUCGAGAAGAUCAAGGAGACGAAAUGUCUCCUACUCGGCGCUGGCACACUGGGAUCGUACGUUUCGAGAAACCUGAUGGGAUGGGGAGUCAGGCACAUCACGUUCGUGGACAACGGGAGUGUAUCUUUCUCAAACCCUGUAAGACAGCCGUUGUUUACGUUCCAGGACUGUCUCGACGGAGGCAAGAAGAAGGCCACCGCUGCAGCCGAGGCCCUGAAGACGGUGUAUCCGGGCGUCCAGUCUUCGGGGUAUGUGUUGAGCGUGCCCAUGGCAGGACAUCCGAUCACGGACCUCGAGAAAACAAAGGCCGAAUACGACACACUAACCAAACUGGUGGAUGAGCACGACGCGAUUUUCUUGUUGAUGGACACAAGAGAGUCGAGAUGGCUGCCGACCGUCAUGGGCAAGGCAAAGGGCAAGAUCGUCAUGAACGCCGCGUUGGGGUUCGACACGUACGUGGUCAUGAGACACGGCGUUAAAGCCCCUCCCACCCUCCCAGGAACACAGAGAGAGGAAGCCCAAAAGCAAAACCAAGGACAAGCGGAGUUGGGGUGCUACUUCUGCAACGACGUGGUCGCUCCCGCGGACUCGAUGAAAGACCUGACGCUCGACCAGCAAUGCACGGUAACGCGCCCGGGCAUCGCGGCCAUCGCCUCGGCGCUCCUCGUCGAACUCUUCGUGUCUAUCGUGCAGCACCCACGCGGUGCCGCCGCGCCGUCCUCGCUGUCUCCCGACUCUCGCGGUGACCACCCGCUGGGCCUCGUCCCCCACCAGGUCCGCGGCUUCCUGGCCACCUUCUCCAACAUGAACAUCACCGGCACGGCGUACACGUACUGCAGCGCCUGUUCCGACAAAGUGCUGGACGCCUACGAGGCCGAUCCCUGGGGGUUCGUCCAGAGGGCACUCAAUGAGAAGGGCUUCGUCGAGGAGGUCAGUGGGUUGAAGGAGGUGCAGAGGCUGGCUGAGGAUGCGGCGCGGGAUAUCGAGUUUAGCGAGGAGGAAGGAGGCGUCGAGGGCGGCGAGGAUGAAGAGGGCGAGUUGAUCUAA